UUUCUUUAUUCAAUAGCUUUUGAGGCUUCUCAUCUUUCGAGAAACGUCAUCCGAAAGCUCGCAUCGGAGCUUCAUCGCAUUAGAAAUGAGAGUUUACUGCAGGUUGUUGGCAGCAGCCACAGAGCUACCUGGGUCCGCUGGCACAAACCUUCGACGGACGCCAAUGGCUCUCCUGCCACCAGUUCCCUUAUAUCGACGCAUACUUCGCGCACAUCGGAAGCGUUUGCCCCCCGAGGAACGCACGCUUGGCGACCUCUAUGUGAAGGCUGAGUUUAGAGCCCACAAAGACAUUGACAAUCCCGUGCAUAUUAUUGGAUUCCUCACCGAAUGGCAAUUGUAUGCUCAGGCAAUAGAGGGCGACAAUUGGAAAGAUGGAAAAUUAGACAAGGCAAAACUCGACAAAAUGAGCGAUCAACAAAUUGGCCAGCUAUAUGAAUUAAUGCAAACCAUUCGGAGGCAAGACCUGGAGGACAGCGAGUCGGAUUCCAAACCGGAACAGUAACGGCCUGCGGUUUACAGGAGCUGCCAUUCACAUAUCCAAUCGCGAUGUCGCAUCAGCUGCUCUAUUCCUUCACAAUCCCCGUGCAACUUCGUAUGUGUGACCGACAGUCGCUCAUCACACGUUACCUUUUCCCGCACCAAAGGCCGUACUCUUAAUAAAGGCAAGA